AUUUAUAAAUAUUAAUAUUAUAAAUAGAAUAGUCAUAAAUUAUACGUAAUUAAACAAGGUUUUAGACAAAGUAAAAAAAAUAAUAUUUCGCAAUUUAAUUUGAAUAGAAUAUUUUAAGUAUUCUGACGUGAGCAGAAUCAAAUUAAUAAUAUGGUUUAAAAUAAAGGAGUUUUGUAAUUAUUCCAAUUUAAUAAUGUCGUAUUAUUAGCUAUGCUCAGUCUCUACUUUGUAAUACAUUUCUCCCUCAUUCAUUAAUUGUGUUGUAUUCUUGCAAAUUGCUUACAUGAAAUAAUUAAAUGCGAUCCAUAUUUUGAACAUGCGAUGGCCAACUAACCUCACCAAUCUAUAAUUAAAAAAAUUCAAAAAAAAAAAAAAAAAAAGAAGAUGAAAUUGACAACAAUAAUAAACUCAUGAUAUUUCUAUCUAUAAAUCCACAGAAAUUAAUUACAUAGCCACCCAAAUCCAUCUAAACUCACGUAUUGCUUUUUUUCAUGUUUUUCUUAAAUCAUCAACUGAUUAAUUUGAAUUUUAUUUCUUUUAAAAUUCUCAAUUUAAAAUGUGGCGGCGGGCAGCUGCUGUACGGCGAGGAAAUGAAAGUGGAAGAGAUACAAGUGGAUCCUCCAAAAUCAACCGAAGCUCGGCCACUUUACCCCCGACUUCUAGGGCAUCGAAGGAGUUGGAGUUGUGGAGAGCAUUGGGGGAUAAAGUAAAAGAUCUAAAAGAAGGAGAUACUGUGAUGCCAGGCUACCUCGGGGGAUGUCAGGAAUGUGAAAAUUGCACAUCAGGAAAGACUAAUUUAUGCUUAAAAUACCCAUUACCCCUCACUGGGCUAAUGUCUGAUGGAACUUCAAGAAUGUCUGUUAAAGGCCAGAAGUUCUAUCAUCUAUUUUCUUGCUCAACAUGGUCUGUAUACCCUGUAAUUGAUGUCAAUUAUGUUGUCAAGAUUGACCCAAGUGUAAAUCUUGCCAUGCAUCCUUACUCUCUUGUGGGUAUUCUACUGGAUUUGGGUCAGCAUCCAAGGCUGCCAAUGUUGUCAAAGGGUGUGUACUAUUGCUGUUAUUGGACUUAGUGCUGUUGGUCUAGGGGGUAUAUAUUUCAACUCCUUUAUAUUUUUCCCCUUCUAAAAUCUGAUUCAAAAAAAUUGGGAUAACUUCAAUUAUAAGAAGAUUAUAGGGUUUUCUAACAUCCAAAUUCAUUUAUUUACUGUAUUUUAUAUUCUUAAAAUUUUAAAAUUGUGGUGUCAAAAAAUGAUUCUUUUUAUUUUUUUUUAUUCAAUAUGAAACCGAUAUUCGUUGAUUAAUCUAGUCCAAUAGUUUUCAAACCCUUCUCUUCAAAUGCUAAAAUAGACAAAAGCUGAUUCUAUAUUAUGCGGUUAACAUUUCAAAAACAUAGAUUCUUUUUAGUACAGUUAAAUAUCAAAUUUAAUUUUUAAUUUUUAAUUGCAGGGUAUAGAGGCAGCCAGAAUACAAGGGGCUAGUACAAUAAUUGGAGUAGACAAAAAUGG